AUGCCUCCAAUUCUCUACCUGGUCCGCCACGGUGAAGGCGAGCAUAACGUCAAUGAUUCUCACCAUCUUCGUGACGCGCAUCUGACUGAGACAGGCAAGACCCAAUGUCGUGACUUGAGAGAUAAUUUCCCUUACCAUGACGAGGUAUCUCUUAUUCUGGCAUCUCCCUUGAGACGAACCAUUCAAACCGCAGCGCAUUCUUUCCAACCAGUUUUAGAAAAGCGUCAGGUACCCUUCGUCUUGGUUCCCAAGGCGCAGGAAAUCAGUAAACAGCCCUGUGAUAUCGGGCAGGACUCUGAUGUUUUGAAGGCUGAAAUCCCCGGACUGAUUACUCCGGGAGCUGCCUGCUUUGACCAGGCGAAUUUGGACACGAGUCUUUUGGAAGAUGGUUGGAAUUCAAAAAAAGGCAUAUACGCUCCAACGUCUGCAGCGGUUCGAAAACGUGCAGCUGAAUUGCGAACUUGGCUAUGGAGACUUCCACAUGAGCAUGUGGUCUUGGUGACACAUGGAGCUUUCCUGCAUUAUUUGACAGAAGAUUGGACAUUUUAUGACAGGCAAAGAGGUACUGGUUACCGCAAUUGCGAAUAUCGACGAUUCACUUUCACGGAGGAUUCCUCUUCAACGGAGGCACACCUGCUUGAAGUUGGAGGAAGCUCCGUCAAGGUUGAUAGGCCUCUUGGUGUAGACAUCCAUGUGUUGCAUGAGGUUGAGGAGGUUGAAGCCGCAAAAUAG